GAGCAAUUGAAAAUUAGUUGAGUUUUAUUAGGCGCGUGAUGAUGACAUGUCGGUUGUUGUGGCUGUGCCUUGUGGUGGCAAUAGUUUCAGCUAUGGCCAAGCCAUCGGAUGGGGAUGAUCCCUUUGCCGACGACUUGACAUCGGAUUACGCGAAGAAAAUCAUCGUGCAAGCGAAAGUGGCCGAAAUUAAGACCAUGAUGAAACCGGAGGUAUCGCCGUGCGACGACUUCUACACCCAUGCCUGUGGAAACUGGCAUCGCCACAAUCCCGCCCAGCUUUUCGGCAACCUCAUGACCGACAACUUGCAGUUAUUAUCCAAGGGAUUCGAUCGACGUCUCCAGCGGCUGCUGCGUUCCGAUGAUCUGCAAGCCGAGCUGGAAAAGAAGAUGCAGCGUUUCUACAUGUCCUGCAACCUGGUUCACCGCGAUGAUGUCCACUACAAGCUGGCCCUGGAGAACGUCAUCGGGGAGUACGGAGUACUCCCGGCCUUGGUUGGGCCCCAGUGGAACUCCUCCGACUUCAGUUGGUGGCGAUUGGUGGCCCAGAUACAGCAGAAGUACGGAAAACAGAUCAUCCUAGGCCUGGAGAUCAUGCACGAUAUCCGGAACACAUCGGUGAACCGCGUCUACAUAAGUCAGCCAGAUUUUAAAACGCCUAACACACACCUUACAAAUCUUUUGGAGGAAGUGCGCAUAUCCAUGGAUCUGCAGCAAUACUUCGGGCUGAGUCCCAGCGUUGCAAAACACACAGCUGAGCAGAUCCAUGAGUUGGAGACAACUUUCUCGACCGGCGGCUCGGGUGCAGCGACUCUGCAGGAGUCACUCUCUCUCUAUACAGUGGCCGAUCUUCAAGAGAAGUACAGCGACCAUCUGAACUUCACCGAAUUCCUGGCUCUGAUCCUUGGUGAGGAAAACAUUCCCGAGUCGUUGUACAUCUAUGACGAGGAGUAUCUCGAUAAUGCACUUCUGGUCAUGCGAAGCACACCGCUGGCCACACAGGCUAACUAUGUUAUGUGGAAGCUGCUCGAGGACUUUCUGGUGGACGCCAAACCCAACGACAUGGUUAAGUGGUGCACUGAAUCGACCAAGAAGUACUUCGGAAAGCUCGCCGAGCACGCAGUGUACAAGCGUUACCGCAGCCAGGAUGUGGAAUCGGAAGUUCACAAGAUUUGGAAUCAGAUCAAAGGCAUCUUCAGGCAGCGGCUGUUGGGCGACAAGCUUGACUGGAUAUCCAAUGCCACCAGGACACUGGCCAUUGGUAAGCUGGAACGUAUGCAGAUGAACAUCAACUCUCAAGACGAUGAGGACUUCGAGAAUCUGUAUGGAGAGGUGUCCAUCGAUCGCCUCAAUUACGUUCCGAAUGUCCAGCAGCUGCUCAUUGCCAAGGGCAAAAAUACUGUGGCGAGAAUUAAUCAGCCGGCAAACUCCGUAGAUGCCACAGAUCUGCUAGGAUUUACUCCCGCCUACAACAUUCAGGAGAACAACAUCUCGAUCCCGGUGGCCCUGCUGCAGCCACGAUAUUUCUGGGGUGACCAGUAUCCGGAGGCGUUGAAGUACUCCACUCUGGGCUACCUUCUCGCCCACGAGAUGCUACAUGGCUUCGACGAUGACGGACGGCAGUACGAUGCUUCUGGCAACCUGGCACCUUGGUGGGACUCGAAAUCGCGUUACGAGUUCGAGGAACGCCGCAAGUGCUUUCAGGCUCAGUAUCACCAGUACAAGUACGGCGGAUCGAAGCUGCCGGAGAGGAAGGAUCAGUCGGAGAACAUAGCGGACAGUGGUGGCCUUAAGUUGGCCUACGCCGCCUACGAGCAGUGGCUGGGUCAGCAAUCCGAGGAGGUGCUUCAGCGGGAAACCAUGGACGGUCUGCCCUUCAACAGUCGCCAGCUUUUCUUCCUGGGAUAUGCCCAAUUGAUGUGCGACGACGUCCAGUUCCUCUUCCAGCCCUGGGUGACUCGUUCGGAUAAUCAUGCACCCAGUAAAUACCGCGUGAUCGGACCGCUGUCCAAUUUCCAGGAGUUCCCCUGGGUCUUCAACUGUUCUCAAUCGGCGCCCAUGGAUCCAGAGUACAAGUGCGCCAUCUACUGAUAAAGCCCUCUAUAAUUCAUUCAUUUUUUAUUUAACUGAGCUCAAAUUCCUAUUACUUGCGGAAUAAAAAAUAAACAAACAAA